GUUCAAGAUAAAGAUAUAUUCUUAAUGAUUUAUGCGUGAAGGGUAGACAAGUGCCAAGUGGACAAGUGGGGAAUACAGUGAUAUAGAUAUGUAUCAAUGUAUGGAUUAACACAUUCACAUGCUUAAAGGUAAUAUGUACAUUAUUGUUGAUUACACACAUCUUGAGGGGGGGAUUUGGCAGGUCACACGGGCCUUAAAAUGAAUAUAAAAAUACAAAUAGAUUGAUAUGGAGUAAAUAUUUAAGAGCCCAUGCCAUGCUCACAAAGUGCAGUAUCUUGAUAAAUCUUAUGCGUGUACUUCACUCAUUCAGUAUCUUGAUAAAUCUUAUGCGUGUACUUCACCCAUGCAUGUUUUUAGGUAACCAAUUUUUUUGAAUGAAAAUUUUGGGUAUAAAAGCACAGUUCUAUCGACUGGGAUGCAUCACACUUGCUCGCUGCAGCUCCCAUAGCAAACUCCCACAGCAAAUUGUAGAAUUUUUCUCCAAAAAUGAUUGAAUUGUGGUCUCUAGUCUCUACUCCAAAAUCAAAAGAGAAAUGAAAGCAAGAGCUAUUAGGGUGUUAGGAUGACUGUGAGCCCGCUCAUAAUGGUCCCAAUUCAUUGGAAAUCAUAUUUCAUGAUGAGGUUCUAUGUUUUAGAGGUUUCUAUUUAUAUCUUCUUAUAAAGUUAUUUUGAAAUUAAUUGGUCGAAAAAUCUAUAGCUGUCAAAGAUACUUCACAUUCCUGAGAAAUUCAUUGCUAAAUUCAUUGCUAAAGUUAAUACAAGUAACUAUUUUGCUAAAUAGGAACCUCUAAAACAUAGAACCUCAUCAUGAAACAACACACAAAAACUGUGUACUCUUCAUGAAGAAAAAAAGUCGUCGUUGGUGUACAACACCACUUGAUGAACUGACCAGUUUGAGUUCGAUCUUCUGUGUUCGGCGCUGUAGAUCAGAAGGCUUCACUAUGAACAGGCGGUGAAUGUGUUUUGUGGUUGGCUCAGAAAUACGACUCUGGCGGAAUAGAGGCGGCAAACCUAAGAGUAGGAGAAGCUACACCGGUGGGUGGAUUUUUGGGUGAGAGUUGGUGGGAGCAGCAGGGACGGAGGAGUGGAUCACUGGAUUGUGGUGACUGGAGGGGACAGAGUAGGAGGAGUUGCGGAGGGAGGUGUCGCAUAUGAAGAAGACGGCGUAGCAGCCGGGCAUACAACUGGAGUCGACGCUUUCUUCGGGGAAGACACCGGAGACCUAAAGCAGAUCAAAGCCAUAUUUUAUCCUCAAAUCUAGAGAUGAGAUCUGGAUAGAAAAUGAGCAAUCUAGAUCCGACGUACAAAAAAGUGGCUUUUGGUUUAGUGAAGUAUAUGCGGAGCAAGUAUAUGAUAUGUUUCUGCGUGCGAGGCUGCUUGGCGCAUAUUUGGGUUUGAAAUUCAAUACAAGACCCCGACAGUUGAACCUUUGAGCUUCCAUAUGCCGGAAGAACAAAGUGUUGUCUUUUGCGAUGAUCAGUCUCUCGAUUCAGUGAUUCGGGCAUGUUCAGUUAAGGACAAUAUGUUCACAGCAAGGAUGAAGGUCUCACCUUUCCUCAAUUGCCUUUAAUUUUACUCAAGAGUCUGGUAUCAUCAUCAAGCUGAAAAUGGGUUUUGGUGUCAAAAGGAUGCUCCUACUGAUCACACUUGUUACAUCCAUGGCCAUGACCAAAGAGAUGGGUGCAGAAAGUGUGUUUGCUCAUGACCCCUCAUAUGCUGUGGGCAGUAUCAAUGGGUAUUCUCAGAUCUUGACCGGUCCUUUCUCCCCAAGGGUCAGUACGGAGGGGAGCUGCAACGCCAACAUUGUCUUCAACCUUCUAAUCGACUGUGUUCCGUUCUUCCUGGGCACAUCUUCGAUUCCAGCAGUGACUUGUUGCACUGGAGUUGAAGUCGCAGUCAGAACAGAUGUGGAGUGCUUUUGUGCUGGCCUCACUGAUAUCUUGGCUCAUUCUGGGCUAGUGUUUAAUGUCUCCAUGGGAUUAGAUCUCCUCAAAGAAUGUUACAGUCCCAUAUCUUACUCGAUAAUCUCCAACUGUGUGGGUCCAUCUCCGACUCCCAGCCCUAUUACUCCUGCUCCUACUCUGGUGAGCCCCCCACCUCCUGCUCUUAUUCCUCCUUCCCCUGUGGGUCCAACUCCCAGUCCUAUUACUCCUGCUCCUACUCCUGGUGAUGCUGACGUGGUCAGUCCAACUUUUGUAACGAUCGACAAUAGAGCAGUUUGCUUGGGAGGGAAUAAGGCAGCAUACUAUUACGUCCCAGGAUUCGGCAAAGGGGUCGAAAAUUGGGUUGUAUAUCUUCCUGGGGGCGGAUGGUGUAAGAAUGUAAGUGACUGUGAAGAUUAUAUCAACACUAAAGGUGUGGGUUCGCCAGCAAAACCAAUGCCCUUUAAUGCUAUUCUAAGUUCUAACAAGGAGAACAAUCCUGAAUUUUUUGAUUGGAACAAAGUUGCUAUUCGAUAUUGUGAUGCAUCUUCAUUCACAGGAAACUCUGAAAUAACAACGCCAAGUGGUACAAAACUUUAUUUUAGAGGAAGGGUCAUUUUCGCUGCUGCCAUGCAAGAGUUGUUUCAAAAAGGGAUGGGAAAUGCAAAGAAUGUAGGCAUUACUAUUUUAUUUUGUAUUUAACUUACGUACUAAGCAUGAUUAAUACUAUAGGCUGCAACAUACUCGGACUCAGUGGUAGAAAGGGCCACUAUAGGCUGUAGUUGAGACUUCCAACUAAUGCAAGAGCCACACAAAGUAAAAACAUAAGAAGUG